UCAACUUUUUUUUCUGCUCUAACUAUCCAGAAUUUCCAGCUAUGCGUCCAAAAACUGGGAGUGCUGAUCGAGGAUUCCGACCAAAAUCUCAAGUAUCUUGGGUUGCUGGCAAUGGGCAAGAUUCUACAAACUCAUCCAAAAGCUGUACAGGCUCAUAAGGAUAUAGUGCUGAGAUGCUUGGACGAUAAAGAUGAGAGCAUACGACUGAGGUCUUUGGAUUUGCUUUACGGUAUGGUGUCCAAGAAGAACAUCAUGGAAAUCGUGAAGAAACUCAUGGAGCAUGUGGAAUCUGCAGAAGGAUCUCAUUACAGGGACGAGUUAUUGUCGCGCAUAAUUGGCAUUUGUUGCUAUAAUAACUACCAGUUCAUUACUAACUUCGAAUGGUAUAUCUCGGUGUUGGUGGAGUUGACGAAAGUGGAAGGAACGAAGCAUGGAGCGAAGAUCGCAGAGCAGGUAGUGUUUCCCUUUCCAGAUGAUUCUAGGUCAGGGUCAUAG